CACGGGAGGCGAAGGAAAGCAGGGGGAAAUGAGAGCAUCACGCGUAAUACCAAUCUGCUACGAACAAGGGAACUGGGGGCGGAGGAAUCUUUUCAGAGUCACGCCGGCACCCAAAGCCCCGGUCUGUCGUGAUUUCUCUAGCGCCUCAACUGACCUCGGCGCUGUCCAAGAAUUCGAGCAGCGGGCUAGCAUGUCUCGCCCAGAGGCCGGAGAAAUCGAAAAUGCCCCGCACGACGCGCCCCGCAAGGCCCGAUCCGUGCAGCAGCCCCGUCCUCUGGGAGGAGGCGCGUCGAAGUUGAAUCACUUGGCCCCCUUCCUCCGAAGGCUGAUUCAUACAGCAAGGUCUGGCACGAUCCUGGCCUUUCACGCUGCCGCCGGUCCCUCCGCCACGCACGCCUCCGCCGCCCACCGCCUUCCCUCUCCAGCCACGACCCCACUCUUUAUAAGCAGCCCAGGCGCUCGCGGAGAGAAGCACACGCGAGGACAGCUCCGGCAAGGGAGACCAAGGUCGUGGGAAUGAGUCAGCCGCCAUCUCCCGCGCGCUGACUCAGGAGCAGCCGCAGCUUUCCAGCGCCAACGAAGCCUGUUUUCCUGGGAAGUCAGUCCCGCAGAUGAACGGGGCUCACUCCCUGGUAAGCGUGCGCAGGAUCGCAGCCUUCGCUUUCCUCCCUGUGUUCCUGCCUACUCUCUCUAGGAAUCCAUCUCCAGGUGCCUCCUGCAAGCCAGCGUGGAGAGCCGAAUGGCUUGACAGUAUGAGGUGGAUAAGGGGGUGGGGUGGAUCUCCAACAGCAAUCGCUUCAGGUGGAGCGGGCAGGCCUUGCUUCCCCACGCCGCGUGUCCGCACGGCGGCGUGGGAAAGCGGGACGGAUCCGUGCAGCUUCCAAAGCGCCCGCUGCUGGCACUAAGCUGAGGGAGAGGCGGAGCACUCGGAGAAGGCCACGCCGCUUUAGAAGGGAAGGACGAUCAGCAGCCCGCAAGUAAAACCGGCGCCGUGAUCUCCGCGGUUCGCCGCCGCGUUGUUUCCCCUCCGGACGGAGCAGCCGCAGGAGGCCCGAAGAGGUUCGGACGCUCGGAGCCGACGCCGGCGCGCGAUUGGCUGCUCAACGUUCCAUGGGUGGUUACUCGACAUUCCAAAGGGGCGGCGCUUCUCGCCCGCGCCGAGCGCUCCAAUCGCGCCCGCCCCCUUCUCCUCCCCACAACCGCGCGCCCGAAGCUCAACGUUCCGAGGGCUGCGACUCAAGGUUCUAAACCGGGACCGAACGUUCCAUUGGCACGCGCGCCCGGCGCCGCGGCUCCUGCGCCUCGUGGUCUCGCUCUUCCGCCUUUGCACGAGGAAGCGAGACGUUUGAUUCCGUUUUCUUCCUUCCCCGCCGCCGCUGCCGCUGCAGGAGCAGAGCAGCCAUGGAAGGAGUCGCCGCGCUGCUGGCCGGCUGCCCUGCCGCCGGCCUGGCCGGGGGCCUGGGAGUGACAGUGUGCGCCGCCGCCGCGGGAGGGGUGCUCCUGUACAAGAUCGCCCGGAGGAAGAAGCCAACACACACGACCGUGAACUGCUGGUUCUGCAACCAGGACACCGUGGUGCCGUACGGAAACCACAACUGUUGGGAUUGCCCGAACUGCGAGCAGUACAACGGCUUCCAAGAGAACGGGGACUACAACAAGCCCAUCCCGGCGCAGUACAUGGAGCACCUGAACCACGUGGUCACCGGGGCUGGCGCCUACUGCGACCCCAGCGUCCCCCAGCAGUGGGGUAAAUACGACGAGGAGAUCGAGGUCUACAGGCACCAUGUGGAGCAGACGUACAAGCUGUGCCGUCCCUGCCAGGCCGCCGUGGAAUAUUAUAUCAAGCACCAGAACCGGCAGCUCCGGGCUCUGCUUCUCCGCCAUCACUUCAGCCACCGGAAGACAGACAAGACGUACAUGCAGAGUUUCUAUGCUGCCGCCUUGGCUUCUACGACUACGCCGAUCCCAGUGAUCGCGCUGCGGUUCCUGGCGUUCCUCAGCUGCGCCAUCCUUGUUGCGAUGGCCUUGUACGGUGCAGGCAACCCAUUCUCCCCGGAGCUCACAACCCCUCCUCCACCAAGGCCGGUGCCAGUGAGGAACGGGACGGCGCCAACCCCGCCGGCAGCAGCAGCAACCCCAGGCAAUGGCUCUGUGCUGGAAAUCCUAGGCUGGCAGGAGCUGGUUCAGUUAUUGCCGGAGCAAGUGCUGGAGACGCUGAGAGCUGCUUGGACCUACGGGAAGAACCACCAGAUGGCAGUCGUCUUGCUUGGGCUCUUGACCUGCUUCUUGGCCAUGUUGCUGGCUGGACGGAUCAGGCUGCGGCGGAUCGAUGCCUUUGCCUCCUUCUUGUGGCUCCUGGUGAUGAGCUUCCACCUGGCAGAGAGCUACCUGCAGACAGACGCCCCCAGCUGGCUGGACACCGCCAAGUUCGGCACCACCUCCCUGUGUUGCCUGGUGGGCUUUGCUGCGGCCGUGGCCACGCGGAAACCGAUGGGCCAGCGGAGACCCCGGCCCCGAAGGUACCUCUCCGGGGACUCGGUCGCCGCGGUCCCCAAUGGAACAGAAAUCGGCUUUCCAUACCUUCCCGCCUCUCCAUCCAUGUUCAUCCCAACACCUCCCAGCAUCCUCCAGUUGAGCCAACAGUGCUUUCGGUCUCCUCGCCGAAUGUCAUCCUCUUCUCUACCAGGACAACUGAAUCGGGCACUCUCACUGGGCACGAUUCCUUCUCUGGCCAGGGCUGAUUCCGGUUAUCUGUUCAGCGGAAGCCGCCCGCCUUCCCAGACAUCUCAUUCCAAGGAGUCAGAAUAUUUCUCUCUCCUCUCGGGAAGCGGCAUCCCCUCCCGUGUGCCCUCGCCAGCGCCAUCCGUGGCUGGCUCGGUGGCGUCCAGCUCCAGCUCCCUGCGUUACCGCCGGCCCCUCAUCAGUCCGGCGCGGCUCAACCUGGCGGGCCGGCGGCUGAUGCUCUUCCCGUCUCAGCGCGAGGCCCCGCCCGUGGAAGACCACACCCACUCGGAGAGCAUCGUCUUCGCUUCGGACCUGCCCGUGUUCUCCAAAAGGAACCCGAGCGAGCGGGGAAUGCCUGAUAUGAGAGCAGUCAUUGAAGCCGGCAGCAUCUGCAGCGAUCACUCCCUUAAGAAAAGAGACAACUCGUCCCAUUCGUCGAGCUGCGUGGUGGACACCACGACGAAAGGGGAGGAGCCGACAGGCUGGAGAGGCCGCUUCGGAAACUCAUCGAUCCACAGCCUGCUAGCCGUGAGCCUCGCCGUCAACGCCAUCUUCACGUCCGCCUACCUCUACCAAAGCUUGCGCUGAGCGACGCGGCCGGGGGGAGGAUUCCCCCUCCUGGUCCUGGACUUCACACUCUGUACAGAAAGGGAUUGUGGGACGGGAAGGACUUGGCCAACCACGUUUUAGUGUCGCCGAGCGAGAGUCUGCCCUUCGGUCAACUUCUGCCUGCCUGCAGAAAAUCCCAACCUUAUUGUUGGCCUGGCCCGCAUCUCUGAACGGAAAUCAGGAAUUCCCGUCGCCAGUGCAGGACGGACAAUCGGCACCAAAGUCUGAAGCUUCUCUGGUCAUUUCUGUACCCGCUUCGUACUGAAGUAGUUUGACGCUAACUCAAGAGUAGCUGUUGGAAGGGGACCCCAACCCUGUUUGGGUCCCCCCCUUUACUGUUGACGAGGCGUUCUUGGAUUCUUGCUUAUGAGAAGAACUGGGGGUGUAUGGCCUUGUCUUCUGCUGACUCCGUGCGCUCUUGUUAUGGCCUGGCUUGCUCUUGCAGCAUUCCCCAGCUCCCAAGAGGGCGGCUGCGUUGAUUUGUGUCGCUCUGCAGCUUUCCUCUUCCACUUCGGAUUGUCCCGACGGCUUGCCGUCUGGUUCAAACUCAUUCCGGUGCUGACGUGACGUGCGUGGCCGAAACGGGCAGAUGGUUGUGCUCUUUGAUUGCUUGUUUGAACAAUGAAACGGAAUCUGGUAUCGCAGCUCCAUUUUGCCUUGCCCAAAGGCGCCCUUUCUACUGUAUCCAGACACCGCUGGGACGUUCCAGGACUCCUAACAGCCAGCAUGUCUGCUUGAUCCGGGUAUCUUUUUUCCGAGAAUUCUCUCCCAUCUUCCUGUACUGCAGAUGGUUCAUUGGGGAGACGGUUCAGUACAGACACUUGCUGUAUUUCAACAGUUCCGUGGGGAGAAAUUGGCCGGUCGCUGCUGGCACAGCUCUGCCUAUUGGUUUGUAGCUGGUGCUUUAUCCCCCUGGUCAGUGCGAGUGUGCCCAUCUCUCUUCCCAAACGCAUAAACCUAGUUCUCACUGAAGCUGUCCAUCUCUGGACUUGUACAGGCUGCAAGUGGGAGCUCACAUGAUAGAAUGUUUCUCCAUCCCCCCCAAAUAAAAUAAAAACCCUUGCACAUCUAUCACACUGGAGAAGAGCUUUCUGGCAGACUCGUUUUCUGCAUACGGAGGGUUGUUUUUUUUAAAUUGAAUGCGCCACCAUACCUAUUUAAAAAACAACUCCUCCUCCCUGCACACAGAAAUCUAGCAGAGAGAAGAGACUUCUCACUUGUUUUCUCUGUGUUGGGGAUUUUAUUUUAUUUUAAUGGACGAAUCUUCCAACAUGUGAUCCCCCUAUCUUUGGUCUAAAGUGUAGUCCAGAAACAGAUCUACCACCUCACCUGCUGUUUUGAGAACUAGGCCCAUGGUGCUAAGGUCCAAAGAGUGGUCAGUGCUAACGAUUUUUUUUCCCCCUUCAACAACCCAUUUUGCGAUCUAUAUGUAUGGACAAAAUCCUAUCCGACCUGGGAGAGUUUCUGUUCAUCCCCUGACUCACUUGGCCUGUGGCCCCAAUUUAUAAAUUCUGUUCUUUGGCUUCACACAGUAACCAGCCCCACUGCACACACCGAUUUCGGACACCUUCAUCCUGGUAGAUACUCCACACAAGUGCGUGUUUUGGCUCUUAUUUUGAGUACUUUGGCUGCCAUUUGAGAGCUGAAAGUGGACUGAGAGAGGUCUUGCUUCCCCUGGUAUAAGCCACUCAUUUUUGUACCUCUGAUCAAACAGGUCCGGCAGGUUUUUAAAUGGAAACCUGCCGGACCUGUUGUGCCAGACUAAAUGCGCACAAGCAAGGUUUUGUGUCAAAUGCCCUACUGUUGGGAGCAGGGAAAAGUAGUCUGGCUUAGCCUGAGAGAGAAAAGACAAACUUAGCCCCUUGAGUAUGGUGCUAGCCCACAUUCUGCAGUGCCAACAUUGGUGCAUAAACCUUCACUAAAUCACAGCAGACACACAUGUAAAACCAUGUGUCUUGAAAGCACCAAGUUCACCUUAAUUUCUAUCUGCCUUAACAUGAUUGUGGUGCACUGUUCAUCUUGCUACAAUUGUUUUGUUUUUCCUUAUCUUCCCCCUCUUAAAAAUUUUGGGUUUUGGAGAAUGUAUAAUGCCUUUCUUUCUUUCUUUCUUUCUUUCUUUCUUUCUUUCUUUCUUUCUUUCUGUCCCUGUAGCCUGGGGCAAAACAGAACUUUGAGGCUGAUUUCUUGUCAAUCAGUUUUUUCUUUAAAAAGGCACCGAAGUUUAAACUAGUGUAAACAGGCUAGCCUGUUUUUAAAUGGCCACUUUUCUAGGGAAAAGCGAGGGGCAGAGAAUGCUUUCCCAGUUGUCCAUCUGUGUUUUGAGGAUGCUUUUACCGUUUCAAGCAUAUGCGCUAUUUCAGUAUAGAUGGCUCUGUGUUGUUUGUGGGUGGGGGGGAGAAGGCUUAGGGUCAUUUAAACCCCCGCACAUUACUGAUUGUGUUUCAGGCACGGGACAGGAGGCCAUACAAACCACCCAGGAUUCCAUGAGGACUUGCUUCAUAGUGAAUGUACAAGCAGCUACCUUCAGGAAUGACUCCUAUCAAAUACACUGUGUCCUACAAGGCUUGAAUUUGGGGUGGGUGGAGGGUGGGUGCAAAAGGGGGCAGAGAGCUUGAGGGGGAGAAAGGGAAGGUAGAAUCUUAUUCCCCACUGCGGGGGGGAAAGGUUGUACAUUUUGUACUUAGAGUGUGUGUGGGGGGGGUUGUUUUGUUUUUUGCUGGGGGUGGGAGGAGAAAGAGACCCUGUACAGUUCAGUUAACAAGUUGUGUGUUCGGUUGAGGGGAGGAAUUUUAUCCCUCCCCCCCCCCGCUCUUUCUCCAGGAGGUUUAUGUUCUGUGUUUGACAGAUUAUUUUUCAUUAUAAAAUAAAAUAAAAUAAAGUUUCAUCUUGAGCAUCA